UCUUCUUUAUCUUCAUCAUCUUCGUCUUCAUAUUAAUCCAACUCGCAACCAGUCUUUGAUCUCAUCCUUUCUCUGUCUCAGCCAUAUACAAAUACCCACAAGCAAGAAUUUACACACACACAUAUUAUAUAUAUAUAUAUAUGUAUAUGAUGUCAAGAGCAUUUAGUAGUACUGUUGGGCUUAUGGCUCUUGUAGUUGUUCUUUUUCCUGAAGAUUAUAUUGCCCAAGAAAUAGGAAAAAAACAGUGCUCCCUUUCUUGCGGAGACAUUGGUAACAUCAGCUACCCUUUUCACUUGAAAGACCAUCCUCGUAGCUGCGGUGACGGUCACCACCAACUGGUUUGUGAGAACAAUCGCACAACUCUGGACCUGUCUGGAGUCAAAUACUAUGUCCAAGAGAUCUCUUAUGAGAACCGAACAAUUACUUUAGUGGAUGUCGAUAUAAAAAACGAUUACUGCUCCUUUCCUCGCAAUUCGUUUCCAUUGUCUAAUAUUUAUUAUGGUCUAUACAGAGAUUUCAUAUAUUUUGUGAGUUGUCCAAACCCGGUGAAUUCUUCAAACUACACAGAUUUCUCUUCUUGUGCCAACAGCACCAGCAUUUCUUCGUCCUCCAAACCAAACUCAUCAUCAUAUCUUGUUUCAACUGAUUUAAUGGAAAUUCGUGACUCCUGUACCAUCCUUGUUCAGUAUCCGUCUCCAUUCAUCAUUGAUUCCUAUAGGAACCUCACUCAAUCUGAUAUUCAUCAGGAGUUGCUUCGAGGGUUUCAGCUUAGCUACAAUGGCGGUUACAAAUAUUUAUUAUGGGAGAGGUAUGUACUAUGGAGGUUAUUGGUUUUGUUUUUCCGUAAUCUAAAGCAACUAAUCAUCGCCGGAAUCACGGCAGGAGUGUACAUCAUAGUAAGGAUUUCAAUUGGGUUGUUGUGCUUGAUUAUAUUGUUGGCAUAUAGAUUCCGACGAAGGCACUUGUCCAUCGAUGAUACUAUCGAAAAUUUUCUCCAGAGUCAAAACAACUUCAUGCCAAUCAGGUACUCCUAUUCAGAUAUAAAGCAGAUGACCAAAAGUUUCAAGGAUAAGUUAGGUCAAGGAGGAUAUGGCUCCGUGUUCAAAGGAAAGCUCCGAAGUGGUGAUCUUGUAGCAGUAAAAGUAUUGAACACGUCAAGAGGUAAUGGGCAAGAUUUCAUCAGUGAAGUUGCCACAAUCGGAAGGAUUCAUCAUGUUAAUGUGGUGCGAAUGAUUGGAUUUUGUGCAGAGGGAUCUAGAAGAGCCCUCGUGUACGACUUCAUGCCUAAUGGAUCUCUUGAUAAGUUCAUCUUCUCACGAGAAGAAAAUAAUCUCUCCAUCAUCAGGUGGGAUACAAUGUAUGAGAUUGCGGUUGGAGUGGCUCGAGGGAUUGAAUACUUGCAUCGAGGUUGUGCCAUGCAAAUUCUACAUUUUGAUAUCAAGCCUCACAAUAUUCUUCUAGACGGACGCUUUGUAGCAAAAGUUUCAGACUUUGGCCUUGCAAAAUUGUACCCCACAGAUGAUAGUAUUGUCUCUCUCACUGCAGCAAGGGGAACACUUGGAUAUAUUGCUCCGGAGUUGUUUUAUAAGAACAUUGGAGGUGUGUCAUAUAAAGCUGAUGUUUAUAGCUUUGGUAUGCUGUUAAUGGAAAUGGUGGGGAAAAGGAAAUAUGAAAAUGCACAUGCAGAGCACGCAAGUGAUAUAUACUUCCCAUUUUGGAUUUAUGACCAUAUCAAUCAAGGAGAGGAUUUAAAUUUGGGAGAUGUCAAUGAAGAAGAAAAAGGUUGUGCGAGGAAGAUGAUCAUAACUGCAUUGUGGUGCAUACAACUGAAGCCUGUGGAUCGUCCCUCCAUGAGCGAAGUCCUGCAAAUGCUAGAAGGGGAGGAGGGGCUGCUGCAAAUGCCUCCCAAGCCUUUCCUUUAUUCCAAUGUAAUAUCAGUGGAGGAUCAAGCAGAUAACAACACAAUAGGGUUAUCAACUUCAUCCCAUGCUGUUAUGAGCGUAACCAUUGAUGAGAUGUUAAGGUAGGAGUGUGUACUUAAUUACUCUGUUAUUGAUGCUUUGUAGACUUGGUUGCUUUUAAAAUUAAUCAUGUCAAAUUAAUUAAAACGUAUGUCAAGUGCACUCGUCUAAAGAAAAAUAAAAUAACUUUCGUA